AUGAGUCAAACCAGGAAGUUCUCCUAUGCUUCUGUGAAAGAAGAGCCUGGUGAAGGCCUUCCUCAGUCAUUCGAGUCCUCCCUGUCGACCCAAGACCUCGAAGAAGUGGAGUGGAUUGCAUGGCCUUGCAGCCAGUGGUGCAAGACAAAGGGACUAUGCUCAUUCCAUUGGGGAGGCUCGCAUGAAGACCAUGUUCGAAACCGCCUGGAGGGCUACGCUCGCAGUAAUCCCCGGAAGCUGGAAAAGAUUCUCGACGAGCUCGACAAGAGGAGGGCUGCUCAGAAACUCUUCAACCUCCCUUUCGCCGCCGAAAUCACCCGAGUCCAUCCACACCCUGCUGACUUCAGCCUCGAAAUAUGGAGGGAGAAGGUCAGGGAUUCGUUGGGCAUUAGGGAGGUGCUGAACGAUAGCGCCAUCGACGAUUCUGACGAUGCUUCUGUGUGUUUAGACUUCCCCCACCCGACCGGGACAUCGUGGCUUGAGUCGAUGCCUGAGGAGAUUCUGGAAUUGAUCUUCUCGUCUGUGACAGUCGACCAUACGGCGGACCCGUAUGCCAGGCCUCAUGUCGAUUUGGUAUCUUGCGCCUUGGCCUCCAAGAAUCUCUACCCUGCAGCUUUGCGAGUUAUGUACCGACACGUCUCAAUCCCUCAAUCACGAGCAUUCUCCAAGUUUAUGUGGAGCCUUAGGGAGCAUCAGGGUGUGGGAGGGAUGGUGCAAUGGCUGGACUUCUCCCACUACUCAAACAUGGGUUUCGGCAGGGACCGUACCACAACCAACCAGACACCAUAUUUGAAGCCCGAAACUCUCAACGCCUGUCUGGACAUGCUGCCAAACCUCCAGGCAUUCCUCGUCCACGAACAUGUGGACGACGAGCUUGACGUAGGGGUUUUGUCGAAGCUCUUCAGUAUGCCAUUGAUGCAGGCAUUGGAUUUCUGUGCCUGUGCCUCUCGGUCCUUUGCCGAAGCAUUCACAGCUGUUACUACACGGGUAUCUGGAGCUGGACCUCUGCCCGGCCUCAAACGCCUCUCCCUGCAUGAAUGCACUACGCUACAAGAAGGCGUCUUUGAGGCCUUGUUUCCUCAAUUGUCCAGCCUUACUAACCUUGACGUGGCUCACACGCUCAUCAACGACAUUGCACUGCUUUCCAUUCCACCUUCUGCAAAGAUCACACACCUCAACCUCGAACGUUGCACUCACCUUACGGGAUCUACGGUGGUCAAGUUCCUUACCACUCACCCGGCGGUCAGAGACAGCAUUGUCUAUCUCAAUCUCGCAUCCGACUCGUCCCGCCACAGACUUCUGUCCGUAGAGGAUGUGAGCAAACUACUGAGCUCUCUGCCACCAACUCUCCGAUCGCUUAAUCUUGGCGGCGCCCAAGUCACUGCAACCCACAUCCCCAUGCUGAGAAGACUCGCCACUCACAUUGAGGAACUUGGCCUGCGUGGUGCCAGCCUUAGCCUCGGAUCGGAUAUCAAACGACUCUUCAAACCCGCCGAUGACGACGAGACAGACUCCGACAUCUCUCAUGCAACCAAUAGCAGCCCUGCCAGCGCAAUCCGAUACCUCGACCUCAGCGACAUUCCCUCCGUCACGCAGAUGUCCCUCAGCUACUCGCCCAGCUCUCUAACCGGCACGGAUACUCUGCCCCUUGAAGUCGUCGAGCUAGGGUCCAAUGUCCUACAGGAAGUCAAGCGCCGCAAUGCUCACAUCAAGCGUCCCGACUGGGUGGUCAAGGAAAUCGGCCGUAGAGGCUGGUUUGUGCGACAGCCGAUCGAGACCGGCACCGAGACCGUUGAUGUCGAUGACGGCUGGCGACCCUGGAAAAUGGGCGCCAGAUGGUGGGGCAUGCACAAGAUCCCCAUGGUCGAGCAGGACGUGGGCGGCAUGUAUGGCUACUUCAUGUUCAAAAGAUCAUAG